CGCCAGUUACCAAAACAGCGCAAAUACGGGAGCAUUUGAACUCCCUCAACCACCCUCAAUUAAAAGUGAAAAUCCUAGUGCUCUGCAUCGCGAGGGAAAAUGGGAUUCCCUCAGAUUCCAGAAUCUAGGGCUAUGAAGAUGGGGCGCAUCCACCUUGGGUUUUGAAAUGAAUUGUGAAUUGUGAAUUUUGAAGGUGGAAGAAGAUUGUAGCUAGGUUGCAAUUGAAAGGUUUUAGUAAAUUGAGUUUAGCAUCAUGGCCCGGCAGGGUAAGAAAAGGGCUAUUGCCGGAGGUUGUAGUGAGAGUAAGAGCAUCAUAGACAGACUUAGUGACCUUCCGGAUCAGGUUGCCCAUCACAUUCUUUCGUUCCUUACUGUGACGGACUUGGUUCGAGCGUGUUGUGUGUCCAAAAGGUGUAGAGAGCUUUCUCUGUCGGCGCCGUCUUUGAAUUUUGAUGAGAUUCCUGUCGGUUGUAGAUCGACAUGUUAUAAUAGGCUGCAGUUGAUGACUUAUUUGGAGAGGUUCUUGUUUCAUCGUGGGGAUAAUAAGGUGAAUUCGUUUCGUGUGAACUGGGAGAGGCACUAUAUGGAUGAAGAUGAAACUGUGUGCAUAUGUGCGAGUGAGCAUUAUCGACUCAUUACGUGGAUCAACAGUGCAGUGAGGUGUAAUGUUGAAGAGCUUGACCUUAAGAUGGUUUUGUAUGAUCCUGAGGAGGCGUUUUUUCCGUCUAGUGUCUUUCUCUGUGGGACUUUGAAGUCCCUAGUGGUGGACAUGAAUUUCACUAUUCUUAGAACACCCUCGUUUGGUUUUUCUUCAAAUCUCAAGAAGUUGCAGUUAAAAGAGGUUGUGAUAGAGGAUGAGCAGUUCUUCAAAUGGAUCUCGGUUUCCUGCAAGGUCAUUCAGGAAUUACAUCUUCAUGAAAUUCGUGGAAUUCGAACUAUCAGCAUUGAAAGCUCAUCUUUGAGAAAAUUCAAGUUUUUUGAUGCAUUCAACACCUACCAUCUUAGCAUAUCGGGAGACAACCUUGAAAGCAUAAAUAUAGGCUGGUAUGUUGGAUUACUCAACAGUUCUCUAAAUAUUUGUGCCCCAAAUCUUAAGAGUUUGUGUUGGCACGGGCAGUUGAUGAAUCACCUAUCUCUUGGAAGGUUCAGAUGUUUGAGAACUGCUGUGCUUAAUCUACGUCCUGAGGCAAAUGAAGCAGACAAAAUGUAUGAGAUUCUUUGCAGUUUAGGCAAGGUUAUAGCUCUUUCCCUAGGUGAAGCAAUCAUCAAGGCUCCAUUCAGUAAAGGAUCCAUGCGAGCUCCAAUAUCUGAUAUUCACUGGUUGAGUAUGGAUAUUGGUCGCAUGACUGAUGAGUUGAUUCCGGCAAUAGUUUCUCUCUUCAGAGGGUUGCCUAAUAUCUUUAUUCUUUCUGUACAAUGUAAACCGCCUCUAAAUGAACUUCAUGCUAAUACAUCUGGCUUUGAUGUGGAAUAUUGGAAGCUGCAAAAUCUUGCCGUUAUUGAUCAUCUGAUGAUGGUCACAUUAGACCUCUGCAAUGACUCCAAUGUAAUUGAUUUUGCCAGGUACAUUCUUGAGUGCGCUCCGAAUCUGCUGGAAAUGGUUGUUAUAUAUCCACCCCAGGAUUCAGACACAGUCGUGAAGAAGUUAAAGGAAAGCAGAAUGGUAUCUGGUGCAAAAGUUGUCUAUCGUGAAAAACAGAUAUGAGGAUAAAGAACUCCUCCGACACUCUUCAAAAGUUAUCUGUCACAACAAUGAAAAUUUAGCAUCGCUGUUGAACAGAUCCAUGUUGCGUGUAAAUUAGAUAUGCUAUUUCUGUAUGUUAAUGGGCAAUGUACCAUGCGUACUGCUAUAUUUUCUGAAUUUAAGUUCAUGUACUCAGACCACUGGUUGCACAUUUGAUGAGGCCUUAGUUAUCUUGAACA